ACAACCACAAUGGCAAAACUUAUAACACUUGUUGUACUCGCUAUCUUAGCAUUUGUUGAGGUUUCUGUUUCUGGUUACAAAACCUCUAUCUCCACCAUCACCAUAGAGGACAAUGGCAGGUGUACUAAGUCGAUUCCCCCGAUUUGUUUUCCCGAUGGCCUGGACAACCCCCGAGGCUGCCAGAUUCGGAUCCAGCAGCUGAACCACUGCCAGAUGCACCUCACCUCUUUCGAUUACAAGCUCAGGAUGGCGGUGGAGAACCCGAAACAACAACAACACCUUAGUCUGUGCUGCAACCAGCUACAAGAAGUGGAGAAGCAAUGUCAGUGUGAGGCGAUCAAACAGGUGGUGGAACAAGCUCAAAAGCAGCUGCAGCAAGGUCAAGGUGGACAGCAGCAGGUGCAACAGAUGGUGAAGAAGGCUCAGAUGCUCCCCAACCAAUGCAACUUGCAAUGCUCGAUCUGAUCAGUCACAAGCAAGCACUAGUGUUUGUUUGAGUUUGAAUGUAUGCAUGCAUGUAAUAUAUAAUAAUAAUGCAUGAUCGCUCUUUGGCUUGAGAUGGGAAGCCGCUUUUCUCUGCAUAAUAAGAACACACACUCGUGUGAAUGUGUAUCAACCGUA